GUCGCGGCCGCCACCGCCGCCACCGCCGCCGUCACCACAGCUGUGGGGGACCGGCGCGGGUGCGCAGGCGAAAGGCGCUCUUGCCCCGCUAAAAGUUCCCUCGAAAAAGCUACCAUCUUUCCAGCCCACCAUGGCGGAUGAAAUUGAUUUUACUACUGGAGAUGCUGGGGCUUCCAGCACUUACCCGAUGCAGUGCUCGGCCCUGCGCAAAAACGGCUUCGUGGUGCUCAAAGGACGACCAUGCAAAAUAGUAGAGAUGUCAACUUCCAAAACUGGAAAGCACGGUCAUGCCAAGGUUCAUCUUGUUGGAAUUGAUAUAUUCACGGGCAAAAAGUAUGAAGAUAUUUGCCCUUCUACUCACAACAUGGAUGUUCCAAAUAUUAAGAGAAAUGAUUAUCAACUGAUAUGCAUUCAGGAUGGUUACCUUUCCCUGCUGACAGAAACUGGUGAAGUUCGUGAGGAUCUUAAGUUGCCAGAAGGUGAACUAGGCAAGGAGAUAGAAGGAAAAUACAAUGCAGGUGAAGAUGUUCAGGUGUCUGUUAUGUGUGCAAUGAGUGAAGAAUAUGCUGUAGCCAUAAAGCCCUGCAAAUAAAUGGCAUCACCAGAAAUGAGCAAACUGUUUAGAUCUGAAUCUACUGCAGAUCU